GAUCAUCCUUUUAUCGCAAAUAUAUUGAUUGAGAUGGAUAAAAUACCAGAACAUAGAAAAAACGCUUUUAAAGCAAAAUCUGUUUUCAAAGCUGAAGAAUUACGCCGCCGCCGUGAAGAGCAACAGAUCGAAAUUCGCCGGAAGAAUCGUGAAGAAUCCUUGGCGAAACGUCGCAAUCUUAAUGUUCCUGCCUCUCCUGACUCCGACGAUGAAUCUGCUGUUGCGGUUAUCAAUGCACAGCUCCAAGAACAAUUACCUGGAAUGAUACAGGGUGUCUUUUCCGAUAAUGUUGAAGAGCAACUUCAAGCCACAACAAAGUUCAGGAAGUUGCUCUCUAAAGAAAGAAACCCACCCAUAGAACAAGUUAUCGAAUGUGGAGUGGUCUCCCGAUUUGUUGAGUUCUUGAGAUCUCCUCAUUCAUUGGUUCAGUUCGAAGCUGCAUGGGCCUUAACAAACAUAGCUUCUGGAUCUUCUCAACAAACUCAGGUUGUAAUCGACGCCGGAGCUGUUCCAAUCUUUGUUGAGUUGUUGAGUAGUCCUGUUGCUGACGUUAAAGAACAGGCUGUAUGGGCCUUGGGAAAUAUCGCUGGUGAUAGUCCACCAUGUCGUGAUUAUGUUUUACGUGAAGGAGCUCUUCGACCUUUAUUGUCCAUCUUGAACGAACACAAUAAGUUGUCCAUGUUACGUAAUGCAACAUGGACACUUUCGAACUUUUGUCGAGGAAAAAGUCCUCAACCGGAUUGGGCCUUGAUUGCUCCUGCACUUCCCGUUCUUGCUAAGCUCAUUUAUUCCAUCGAUGAUGAGGUCCUUAUUGAUGCUUGUUGGGCAAUUUCUUAUUUGUCGGAUGGAAGUAACGAAAAGAUACAAGCUGUUAUUGAGUCCGGUGUCUGCCGUCGGCUCGUUGAGCUUUUGAUGCAUUCUUCGACAUCGGUUCAGACUCCUGCCUUACGUUCUGUUGGAAACAUUGUAACUGGCGAUGAUGUUCAAACUCAGGUCAUCAUCAACUGUGGAGCGCUUCCAGCUUUGUUGAGUUUGUUGUCUAGUCCUAAGGAUGGCCUUCGCAAAGAAGCUUGUUGGACCAUAUCGAAUAUUACUGCUGGUAAUUGUGCACAAAUACAGGCUGUUAUAGACGCCAACAUUAUACCUCCUCUUAUCAAUAUUUUGCAACACGCCGACUUUAAGACUCGUAAGGAAGCUUGCUGGGCAAUCUCAAAUGCAACAUCUGGCGGUUUGAACAAACCUGAACAAAUCAAGUAUCUUGUUAGUCAAGGAUGCAUUAAACCCUUAUGUGAUUUGUUGACUUGCAUGGAUAAUAAGAUAAUCCAGGUCGCUUUGGACGGUCUUGAAAAUAUCUUAAAAGUUGGAGAAUUGGAAAAAGUUGAUGGUGUUAACCAAUUUUCAUUGUAUAUUGAAGAAGCUGGUGGCAUGGAGAAGAUCCAUAAUUUGCAGAUUCACGACAAUAUUGAAAUUUACAAGAAGGCUUAUAACAUAAUUGAUAAAUACUUUGCCGAAGAUGAAGAUGCUGCGAUAGCUCCAGAAAUGGAUAUGAACUCCGGUCAUUUUGUUUUUCAAUCAGAUGUUAGUUUACCUCAUAGCGGAUUUCACUUUAACAACGGUGGAAAUCCUAU